AUGAAAUACUGUGCGAUCCAAAUAUCGAACAUCCCGAAGGACACGACUGACGAAACACUAGCAUCAUUCAUGAGUGAGUGUAAGCCAAGUAGUGCCCGUCUUCUCCGUCUUUCUCAUGAUCAAUUUUUCAACAAGGGUUCAGUGGAGGCGCCGACUCCCGAGGUAGCAGCCAAAAUCAUCGAAGAAUUAGAUGGAAAAUCCUUUAAGGGGUGGGUUAUAUCUGUCAAAUACGACAAGACGGAUGAUAAAAACAAAACCCUACUUUUUAUUGGAAACGUUCCUGAGACUUUCACACACGAAAAGUUUUCAAAGCUCUUUGAACCAUAUAACCCCGUGUCUCUUUCCUUCGAAGAGAAGCACGUUGGUGAUCUUCGUGGGAUUGCUUAUGCUGUCUACCAUACUCGAGAAUUAGCGGAGAACGCCGUCGCUAAAUUGAACGGGAAAGAAUUGGGCUCUCAAGUCGUGAAAGUUGAGAUCUCAAACACAGCAGUCGCUCGGACGAACAUCCGUUUCCUGCACGAAGCCGAAGAACAAAAAUUGCAGGAAAAGGAGGCAAAGAAGUCGCGAAUUACUAAGGAAAGAGAACAGAAGGCUAAAGAAGAAAAGAAAAAAGCAGAGCAAAAAUGUUUCAUUUGUGGCGAGGCGGGGCACAUGAAAUAUCAUUGCCCAUACGUCGUGUCCGUGAAAAAAUAA